AUGUUGGCGCUGGACCGGUGGGCUCGAAAAAGGCAGCAGCAGGGCCUGGAGUUGGAUGAAAAUGCAGAGAAGACGAUGAGCGCUUCGGCGGAAUCCUCUACCGGCCCAGGUGGACAUGGCUCCGCCACCACAGCCAAUCUCCAGCCCCUGCAAAGUGGCCCGGGGCUUGGCUAUGAAGCAAGCCGAGUAGCCGAUUACCAUGUCGAAAAGACGGCAUCAGCUGAACAGCUAGAAGCGGCUCUUCCGCCUCGUGCUCUCGGAGUCAAGCUUCUCGAGAUCUUUGUGUCACACAAGGCUACGUCAUCUUUCAUGUUCCAUGAUGGCAAGCUUUUUAGUGAUUACAUGUCAGAUGUGAUGCCUCCUUUCAUGUUACGGGCUAUAUUCGCACUGGCAUCCCUGUUCUCAGAGCCUGCAUAUUUGGGCACCCAGGAACAAUACUCAAAUGAUCGGACUGCCAACAGAGAAGUGAGUGACUCAUGGGCGGAGGUCGCUGGUCGGCAUGUCUUAGGUCACGUAGAUCGUCCGGCCCUCGAGACAGUCCAGACAUGUUCUAUCUUAAGUCUAUAUUGGUUUGCGGUUGGGGAACUUGAGCGAGCGAAAAUCCAUGCCACACGCAUUCUAGGCUUCCAUUCGCAGUUUAACGAUGCCUCGGAGAAUCCAGCUGUCGCCAUGGACCGGGAAAUUCGGCGUCGAGCGUUCUGGACGUGCUGGAUAAUUACUUGCUUCAUUCCUUACGAUGACUCCUUCGCAGUAAGCCACAUAGCGCAUGCCACUGAUAUCAUCCUUCCAGCAGCAGAUGCCCCGUUUCGACGGCAAUGUGUCGUUCCUAUACAGAAAAUGAGUAGCGCCUGGAUGCCUGUCUCAUGUUCCGAUGUUGCCGGUAAUGAAGAGCCAUCGAUAUUAGCAGAGUUCGUGAAAGCAUUGGGAGUAUACUUGGAAGUCCAACGACUGCUGGCCCGGUUUCACGAGAUUCCAUUGCACCUUCGGUUCAAUGAGGUAGUUGCGCUUCACCAAAAGUCAACCAAUCUCUACCGAUUGAUCUCGCCGGCUGCGAAGUACAACGACACACACACGGGAUUGGACUUGACCUCAAUCGGUAGAGCAUUUACGGUGGAGGCUGUUUUCUCUUGGUGUGCGAUUAACCUUCACAGGAGCAUGGUUCCUCUGUUUUCCGGCCAGUCCCUCGACAAGGCAUCUCUACACGUGGGGAUUGUAGACACCUGCACUCAAGUUGUUGUCCAACAGGCCAACAAGUUUGCUAACAGGGCUGAUGGCUUGUUAUCAUUGAACUUUGAUUUGUCGUAUAUCCCUCCUAUCGCCGGUUACUGUGCCUUCGUCAGCGCCUCGGUGUAUGCGAUUCUGAUCCACAAACGGGAAAAUUUCACCUCACCGACGCUAUCAUCUUUGCGACAUAAACUGCUUUCAUGCAUGGUGCUUUUAAGCGGGCUCAAGUCCUACUGGGCUACCUUGCAGCAAGCGUGGGAAAGUUUGACGCCCUCUCUACCGAUGACUGUAUCCACUGAAGAUCUCACUAUUCAUCGCAAGAGGUUGAUUCAACGAAGCGUGCGCAAUCCAGACGAAUUAGUCUCCCCGACCGAGAAACUGAUCGGCCCCCACUCUGGCUGGCUGUUGGAUACCUCACCGGGAUACCACGAGGCGAAGCCGUGCGACCAUAUCAACAAUGAUACGGACAUUCUCGGCCUACAUAACAGAAUCCCACCGGAUGCAGUUGCAACACCUGCAGAUGACAUUUUACCGUUCGCCACAGUUGACAAUGAUAAAUUCUUGCUGUCGUUUUUCAACUCUGACGUGGACUUGGCUAUGCUGGCACUUGCACGGUGCGAACAAUCGGAGUAUUGGAAAGAUCGGUAA